AGCAACGGAACUGUCCGCGCGCGCGUAUCGUUUCCAGUUUGCGCUGACAUAACCGUCGCUUGAAACUCACACAACUGGGUCCACAUUCGGUGAACUCGGCGAAUCCUAGAAGUUGUCUGUUUCUUUCCAAGCCUGUCUCUUCCAUGCCAGGAUGUGAAUUUUCAAAGGAUUUAAAGCCGUGCCAUGGUUUUGACCCGCGCGCUCCACACAGAAAUGGGCCGCUCUGGAUCUAUGGGUACAUGAAUCUGAGUUCUACCGGCCAGAUGCCUGAGAUGGAGGAAGUAGAUACCAAUGAGAGCAACGGGUUGGCGAAGAGGGUUGCUCUCAUCAGCUUCCUGUCGCUGGUCAUGCUCAUGAGCGUCCUGGGCAACCUGCUGGUUAUGGUGGCUGUCUGCAAGGACCGUCAGCUCAGGAAAAUCAAAACCAACUACUUCAUCGCCUCACUGGCAUUUGCUGAUCUGCUGGUAUCAGUGCUGGUGAUGCCGUUUGGUGCCAUAGAACUAAUCCAUCAGAACUGGAUCUUUGGUGAGACCUUCUGCCUGGUCCGCACCUCUCUGGACGUGCUGCUUACCACCGCCUCCAUCCUACACCUGUGCUGCAUAUCCCUAGACAGGUACUAUGCCAUUUGUUGCCAGCCACUGGUCUACAGGAAUAAGAUGACACCGCUGAGAGUGGCUCUAAUGAUCGGAGGAUGCUGGAUAAUUCCAACUGUUAUUUCCUUCUUACCAAUAAUGCAAGGCUGGAACAGUAUUGGAAUAAAUGAUUUGAUAGAGAAACGGAAGGUCUCCGGCAACUCCACAGUGUGUGUCUUCAUGGUGAACAAGCCAUAUGCGCUGACCUGCUCAGUUGUGGCCUUCUACUUACCACUCAUCCUGAUGGUGCUGGCCUACCAGCGCAUCUAUGUUACGGCUCGAGAACACGCCCGGCAGAUCAACAUGCUGCAGCGGGCAGGAGGAGCAGGGAACGCAGCCUCGGACAGCGCGGACCACCAACGCAACCACCGUAUGCGCACUGAAACCAAGGCAGCCAAGACUCUUUGCAUCAUUAUGGGCUGCUUUUGCCUCUGCUGGGCACCUUUCUUUAUCACAAAUGUGGUGGAUCCUUUCAUAGACUACAGUGUUCCUGAGCAGCUGUGGGCAGCUUGCCUCUGGCUGGGAUACAUUAACUCCAUGCUCAACCCCAUCCUCUACGCCUUCCUCAACAAGUCCUUCCGUCGUGCCUUCCUCAUCAUUCUCUGCUGUGGACAUAAACGUUACCGUCGACCUUCCAUCCUAGGGCCUGGAACGCCCUGCGCGGCUACACAGAUCAAUGGCUCUACACACGUCCUGAAGUAUUCAGUUCUUCACAAUGGAAACCACACUGAACACGAGAAACUGUCAGUACAGAAUGACACAGAGUCCCAAGAGUCAUGUUUCUGACACAGGUCACCCUCUAAUGAGGACCAUCACUGGAAGGUGCCAUUCCAUACCACCCUGCCUGCAGCUCAGACCCAGCCAGAGCAUUUCAGGACUCACAUACAGGGAGUCAGACUGAAGUAUUUGCACAAAGAGCUGGUGAACAAUGAAGGAAAGCCAAAUGUAUUUGGUCUAUGUUUUAGGAUAUGAAUAUUUCCAUUGUAAAGGAAUGGUGGUAAAAUUCCCUCAAUAUGUUUAUUUCCUUUUUGGUUCUCCUGGGAAUGCUAUUUCCAAACCAAAAAACAUCUUACAAGCUUUAUCUGGAGAGGCUUUGAUUAGAUCGAGAGUCAGGAUUGCACUUUCUAAAAAGUACUGCACAAAAACUGGGUAGCUAAGAUGACACUUUGUUCAAAAGUUCCAGAUUUGUUUUAUUCUAAAAGGCAAAGAUAGUUAAGACUCAAAAACAUUCACAACACACACAGUAUUAAGAGGUACAACUGGUAGCACUGAUAAGGGAUUGAUUUUUCUUUCCAUGUUUUUAGCAAUGAAAUCUCAGACCAACAGUUGAUGCUUUAUAACAACAUGGAAUUUCACCUGAAUUUAAAGUCUUAAAUUAAAAAGAAAGGCCUUUAAUAUUAAGAGACAAUAACUCAUUUAAUUGUGAGAUCAAAGCAUGAAAGAAUACAAUUUCUGUCUGUUGGUGGGGAAAGAUGUUUUGAGAUUCAGCGUGCACAUUUGAAUGAAGAGGAAUGCAGCAGAAGUCAUGCCUUUUGGUAAAUUAAAUCUAUUACAAAGGUGCACCACCAAAUGAAUUUAUAAAAACAUCAUGUGAAAUAUAUUUAGUUCUUCUUCUUUUUUAAGUUCUAGACUCAAAUGCAGAAUCCUUAUACCAAGGAUUUUUGCAGGGUAAUAACUUUUUCUUCUGGCCAUGAAAAUGGCCUUCAGGGAGAAACUUACUAUCUCCAUUUUUUGUCAUUUCCUUGAUAUUAAUUGAAAGCUCCUUUAUGUACUGUAAGACUUCUAAGGCUCUUUGAGCAAUGAGGUGUACUGGUCACAGACAACAAACUGGUGCUCCUAGCUAGUUCACGCAGUUGGCUUUUCUGUAAACCUCUCUGAAUAGGCAUAUGUGCUUGUCUUGAACCCACGGCUGACCAUUCCCAGUCAGGUCAGUAUUGUGCUUCCCAUGCAUCACAAUUCACUGGCAUGCACAGUAUUUGUGAGAGUGCUUUAGCUACAUGAUACCUGGUGACUCUGCCUGUUACUGACAAUGUGUCAGGGCUCUCCAAACAAAACAUUUGGUGGCAGCAAUCAGGGCCAAAUUUCAGCUACUAUGUCUUAAACUGCAGAAGAUGAAUAUAGGUUACCCUGAGGUUGAGUGGCUGCAAUUGUUUUGGGCAAAAUAAUGAUCAGAAAUCUGAAGUUGUUCUUGCAGAAGUUCUUAAGGCAUAAUUCAUCCAAAAAUGAAAAUUCUGUCUUCUUUUAGUCACCAUUUAAAAGAAGACAGAAGUCUUUUAUUUAUCAUUCCAAACCAGUGUGACUGACUUCCAAGCUGCUUUUCUCCAUAUAAUGACUAUAGAGAGUGACCAAAUUUCAUUCAUGCUUUUGUGUAAUGAAAUCAGUCUCAAGACACAUGAGAACCAAUGGCAUUAAUGACGCAUCUUGAGGCACCAGGUUUGAAUCUGCAAAUGUGCAAAUGAGAUUUGAGAGCUGCGAUUGAAGGGAACAUUUUUAGUGCAUAUGGCAUAAAUUUCAGUCUGUUCCUUACACAAACCUAUUUUAUGGCAAAAAUGUCUCCUUUCAUGUUCCACUGAAGAAAGAAAAUCAUACAGGUUUAAAAUUAUAUGAAGGUGAGUAAAUAAUGACAGAAUUUUCAUUUUAGGAUGAAUUAUACCUUUAAGGAUACAUAAUGCAGUACUUCAUUUGAAUGCUUCCAAGACAUCACAAGGGGAAAUAUACCGCUCAGUGAAUCUAAUUUCAUGGACAAAACGUAAGAAUAAUUUAUUUAUUUUUUCAAAUAGAUUUUUUUAUUUAACUAAAAACUUCCUAAGCAGUGGUGUGCCAUAAUAAGUCUGACUUCUAGAGAUGAGGGCCUCAAUAUAUUUGCUCCUUAGAGAGCCCGACACAGCAGAACUGACCCAGAACAAUUCCAUCCCCUAAUUUCAGCACUUGCCAGUCUGCAACCUUGAACCGUGCCUCUCUAUCUAAAAUUAAUCACUUAUGGGAACACAAAUUGUUGUUUGAAUUGAUAUAAGAAAUGUAAAUAUUUUAAGUUUUUUGUGUCAACAGGUUUCAUGAGGGGGAAAAAAGCUUAAUUUUUUGCUGUUUUGCAGGGAAGUACUGACAGCUACACAUCUUUGACAAUAACGUUAACAUAAUACUUAGAACAAAAUAAAUAUCAAACAUGUACAGCUCAGCACUAUCCUCAUGCAUCAUUCUCCUGAUUAUUUUCCAAGGCGACCUCUCCUGCAAAUAAAGCACUUGUAGCACUUUUAUAAUAUAAAGAUUAUUGUAUCCACAAGUCAUUCAGUAUUCUGGUCAUGAAUAUGUUAUUGCAGACCAAACUAAUAUUUGAAGAAUAUGAAAGAAGAAUGAAUAUGACUUUGGUGAUCAGUUUUCAUAAUCGUAAUCAUUUGUUGGAGUGAUGUGCGUGAUAAUGUGAUGAAAUAACGUGACAGAAUGAGAGAAAGAGACUAAAAUUUGAUCAACCAAUAGAAUGAUCUAUUUUGGCUUUAUUUGUUGUAAUUCUGACCUGAAUUGCAAACAAACCUAGCUAUUACCCGGUUCAAGGGAAUGCCCACGUUCGGUUUCUUAUUUCAUGUUCAUAUGUUUUUCAGCUGAUAUUUAAUUUCUUAAUGUAGAGCUUAGUUUGAAGUCUAUUUUGUUUUUAUUGUACAUAGGAAUAUAUUUUUAUGCAAGAAAUUUGAUAGUGGCCCGUUUGUUCCUUUAAAUGCUUUAGUCCGAUGCAUCUCUUCUUCCAGCUUGGUAUAUAAGCAAACGCUGACCAUGAAUUCCACAGUGUCAUUCAAAGCAGUGUCCAUAAGCUGUAUGCCAGGUUACUUGUUUUUUUUACAAUUAAACAUGUACAUGGUCGUGCCUUCACAACCAUCUCACGGAUGUACAGAUCAUUGUGAUUUGCAGUGAAACUGUGCAAGUUAACACAAAUAAAUG